AUGGCGACCCAUAAUUCGAGGAGAUCGCGUGAGCCCUCUCGUCCAGAAAUGUCCAUCGGUCGCUAUACGCGGCUCGAUGAGAUCGGGCGAGGUAGCUUCGCGACAGUCUAUCAAGGUGUUCAUACAAAAACAAAAACCUAUGUAGCAAUCAAGUCCGUGAACUUGUCGAAGCUCAACAAAAAGCUCAAGGAGAACCUUUCGUCCGAGAUCGACAUCCUCAAGGGCCUCCAGCAUCCACAUAUCGUGGCCCUAAUCGACUGCCAUGAAUCAACAUCUCACAUUCACUUGGUUAUGGAAUACUGUGCGUUGGGGGAUCUUUCGCUGUUCAUCAAGCGCCGAGACACUCUUGGAUCACAUAAGUACACCCGGGAUAUGAUUGCCAAAUAUCCAAAUCCACCCGGCGCCUCGCUCAAUGAGGUGGUUACCCGGCACUUCCUCAAACAACUUUCAAGCGCACUGAAAUUCCUUCGUGACCGAAACCUCAUUCAUCGAGAUAUCAAACCGCAGAACCUUUUACUAUGCCCCUCACCUUCGUCGUAUCGGAAUGGGGCUGCUCAGGUAAUUCCCUAUAAAGGCAGCGAUGAUUCUUACGAGCCCAUGACGGGGCUCGAGUCACUCCCCAUGCUCAAAAUCGCAGAUUUCGGCUUCGCUCGAUCUUUACCUGCCACUUCACUAGCAGAGACCCUUUGUGGAUCUCCACUGUACAUGGCGCCCGAGAUUCUUCGUUAUGAGAAGUAUGAUGCCAAGGCCGACUUGUGGUCAGUAGGUACUGUGCUCUACGAGAUGGUGGUGGGCCGACCCCCAUUCCGGGCCACAAAUCACGUCGAGUUGCUGCGAAAGAUCGAGAAAGGAGAAGACCGAAUCCGAUUUCCUGAAGAUAACCCCGCUUCAGACGACAUCAAAAGGCUGAUUCGAGGUCUUCUGAAACGGAACCCAGUCGAGCGAUUAAACUUCCCUGAAUUCUUCAAUAACAAUGUGAUAAAAGAUCCGAUUCCUGGCUUGGUGGCGGAGGACGCUCCAGGGCCCCGGCCGCGACAGCUUGUCGCAAAGACCGAAGAAUCUCCUUAUGAUACCGGGCCUGAGGACAAACCUGCAUAUCCUCUCGGUCAAAAACCUAUUGCAGCGCGUCCAAAAUCAGGAACGCCACCGACUGCCACGCACAUGCGCCGGGUGGGAAGCGCUGACCGGCCUGCCCCAAGCGAGCUCAUCGAUCGUAACGCAACUACCGCGGCUAUGGAUCGGCAGAGAAAUCGAAAUACCUACACUGGAUCUCCCAAAGUAAGCGAGUCAACAGUACGUGCCCAGGAGGCACGAGAUCGCGCUGCACAGGAAGUGGCGUUUGAGAGAGACUAUGUUGUGGUCGAAAAGCGAGCUGUGGAGGUCAACGCCUUCGCGGAUGAACUAGCCCAUAGCCCACGCCUUCAAGGCGGGCUUUCUCGAUCAGGACAAACUGGCGCCGGGAGCCGCCGGGCAACAACGCAGGGUCUACCUACGGUGUCACCAUCUUCUCCACAUGCCAAUGCGGCUAAAGCCAUGCAGGUUGUUUCGGGUCGUUCGCGAGCAGAUUCCACACACCAGCGCCAACAUUCCUACGAGCGACGUUAUGGGCAAAGUCCUACGUCAGCGACCUCGGCCAUCUCGAAAGCACUCAACAUGGCUAGCGGUCGUCUGUUCGGAAUGGGCUUCUCUCCUCCACUUGCCAUCACCAAAGGCGGGCGAUCUCCUCCUCUAGCCUACAACCCUUUCCCCGCCUAUCCUGCUGCACAUGCUAGCCUUUUGAUCACCGGGGAUGGUCCCAAACCCAAUGCAACUGUCGACGAAGAUUGCAGGGCAGUCCAGGAAAUUGAGGAAUGUGCUACGCGUAGUGACGUUGUUUUCGGGUUUGCUGAGGUGAAAUACAAGCAGCUUAUCCCGUUAGCACCUUCAGCACCAACUGACCCAUCUGCGAGAGCUAUGGACACAAACAUUGAACCAGACUCUGCCGAUCCCGAUGAUGGCCUGACAGUCGAUGCUAUUGUUACGUUGUCCGAGGAAGCUUUGGUACUAUACGUUAAGGCUUUGUCUUUGCUUGCCAAAUCAAUGGACAUCGCUGGAGCUUGGUGGUCGCGCAAGAACCGCGAAGAGGCAUACGGGGAUUCUCCUACCAAAGACAGCAUGAGCGCAGCUGCCGGUACCCGGAUCAACUACGUUGUGCAAUGGGUGCGCAGUCGGUUCAAUGAAGUCAUUGAAAAAGCCGAAUUUGUACGCCUAAAGCUCAUCGAAGGGCAGCGACGAUUGCCACCAGAUCAUCCUAGCCACCCAGAUAACCAUUCCAUUGGCUCCACCACCGGCUCAAGCUCCACCGCCGACGUAGUGGUGAGCCCUGGCGUGACAGCAGAGAGGCUAAUGUACGACCGCGCACUUGAGAUGAGCCGGGCGGCUGCCAUUAAUGAAUUGACUGGUGAAGAUCUGGCCAACUGUGAAAUUACAUAUGUCACUGCGAUUCGCAUGCUCGAAGCUGUGCUUGAGGAUGACGGAACACGGUCCAUGCCCGGUAGCAAUAUCGAACGGCAAAACGGUUCGCAACCUGGUGACAAGGUUAUUCUAGACGAGCUGCAGGUGGAGGAUCGGCAGGUCGUUAUGAAACGUGAGUCUUACCUAAAUCUACCCACCAAACUUCCCCCAAACUCACACCUUGAUCCAGUCGUGUCCAGUAUGCGUGGCCGCCUUGCAUCCGUCCGGAAGAAGGUAGCUGUUCUAUCCAGGCGAUCCUCGAUGCCGACUCCGGUGGGCAGUGCGGGCAAGACACCCACAUCGACCGUUUCUCCUGUUCCAUAUUCCACGGGGGUGACACCACCUAGAUGA